CCCCACACCCUCCCCUUAGCAACGGCCUUCUUGUUUCCGUCAACGGUCACCCGUGGCAACGCGUCCGGCGCGGCUCCGCGGGAUUGGCCCCCGGGGCGCGUCACGUGGCUUGGCCUUGAGGGGAACAAGCAUGGCGACUCUGUGGGAGCUCAUCGUGGCAGAGUUUGUGGAAAGCAAGGAAGCCUUGAGCACAAAUGGGAGCCCUCGGCUGGCCGGUGACUCCAUGCAGGACUUGGACUCUUCACCCUUGACCCCGUACACGGACCGCUCUACCGAGGCACCCGCCUCUCUCCCAGGGAGCCCCCCAACACCAAUAGACCCUAAAACAUGCAGCCCUCGGGAGUACCUGGAACACUUUAUUUUCCCGGUGCUACUACCCGGUCUCGCAGAGUUGCUGUCUCAGGCCCGGCUACACAGAUGCUUUGAGAGAAAAAAGACAAAGUUCUUCCCUCGUGACUUCCUUGCAGAGUGGUUAUACAACAAAAACCCUGCGAGGUGUCAAGAGCAGCCAACAAAAGUCCUGGAAAUUCCUUUCGUCAAGGAGUGGCUGAGGGAUCACCCGAGGCCGCCACUGCCACUAUCCCUGCUGCUUACAGAGGAGCAAGCUGCGAUCAUCAUACAAGCCUUUUACAGGGGCUAUCUGGUUCGUCGCGAGCCCGAGGUGCAGGAGCUGAGGCAGUGGCAGCGGGAGCUCCGCGAGGAGAGCCGCGACAUCCGCCUCAGGGUGGCCGACUUUUGGGCCAGCCGCGAGCCCAGCGGUACGACCGGUGUGCAUCAUGUCGGACAAGAAUGGACAUUCGCCUUCACGCGCUCAUUCUCUUCACCAAGGGCCACGAAGGUGCUCAAACCCCGAAUGAACUCGACGCCGGAGUCUCCAUCAACGUCAUCAGCCCAUCGCCGCUCAACACCCCCUUGAUGUGAUGCUCAGCACACCGGUUUGCCGCUGCGGCCAGCCGGCUCAUGUUCGUCAUCGGCCAUGGUCCCUCCGCCGCUGAAUUGAGGGCUUCUCCAUGAAGCCGCCCAUCUCUCGUAAUUUUGCUAUGUAGUAAUCCACCUAGCACGUGCACAUGAGCUUAUUUGAAAAAAUAAAUUGCGCCAUCUCCUCUGAAUAUCCUUUCAGAUGCGUUCUACUAAACGCAUGGGUGGCAUAAUACUGUGUCAGGCACGGAGCGGGAGCAGCAGCAGUCACAGCGGCAGCUAAAAACACGAGCCGAUAAAGCAGCCAGGCUAUUAACGAAGCCUCUCUUUUGUUACGGGAUUUGACUGUGCAAACACGCGGACGGCCGUGCAAAUUGAUGCUUGCUUAUUCUAAGGCGCGGCCCCGCAAUGUAAUAAUACACUUAGAAGUCUCGAGGCUCGGGUGAGGUUUUCCUGGGAAAAUAAUUAGCAGUUGAUAAUAGCGCGAUGCAGCAAUAAACUGAAGUGUAUUUAAAAAAAUAAAAAUCUGCUACCAA